AAAGUACAAAUUUUGUUUGAGUUUUGUAAUGAUUUGGGAAAGUAAAUUCAGUUAAAAAUAAAAUAGCAAUUCGAAACACGGUUCUUUUUAGAAUGAUUGUUUAUAAAAGAAAAUAAGAUUGUUAUUCUGGUUUUCAUAACCUUGUAACAAUAUAAAUAUAUAGAGAAUUGUGGUCAGCCUUGUUAUGUAGAAAACAAACAAAUAUAGAACCUAUAAGUGUACGCAGCAAACUUAAAAUCAUGAAGAAGGUUGUAUUGUUUAAAAGCGCAUCUGAAGAUUAUAAAAAAGUGUUCAGUGGUAGUAACUACGAGCCUAUAUUUGUGGAGCCCCUUCAAUUUGUCUUUAUAAACUUACAAGGACUUUCCGAGAAGUUGACAAAGAACGAUUACGAUGGUAUUAUAUUAUCGAGUCCGCGGGCUAUCGAGGCUGUCUCAAAAUGCUGGUCGCCCUCCAAAUACGUAGCCUGGAAUUCGAAACGCGUGUAUACAGUGGGUGAAGUUAGCUGUCAGAAAAUAAAACAUAUGCUUGGCUUGGAUGCAAUGGGUGGCACUACUGGUAAUGCAGAAAAUUUGGCAAACCUGAUUGCUUCUGAAAACCCUGAGACUACAAGGUUUUUAUUUCCAUGUGGAAACUUAAGAUCUGAAAUAUUGCCGAAUGAAUUAGAAGCAGCAAAGAUGACAGUUGAACCAUUGACAGUGUAUGAAACAAAAGAAAAUGAACACUUAAGAGAAAGAUUAAUAGACUUAAAUGAAAAUGUAAACCCGUGUUGUAUGGUGUUCUUUAGUCCCUCGGGUUGUGAGUACAUUUACAGGCAAUUACAGACAUUUAGCAACAACCUUUCUUUAUUGCCACACUUUGCAAUUGGAAACUCUACAGCUCAUAAAAUUGAGAACUUGGGUGUUGAGAUAGCAGGGGUGGCAGCUAAGCCCAAACCAGAGUGUGUCAUUGAAUCUGUUGUUGAAUAUUUUAGAACACUUAAAGCCUGUGGUUAGUUUAAUUUUAGAUGUUAUAUAAGGUGUUGGUUUUGUAAGUAACUUUAUUAUUGUUUUUAAAAAUUUAAUUAAAAUGUUAUGAAUUUAAGAAAAAUUAUAUGAACUAAUUUGAUUCUUACGUAAAAGACUUGCUUUCUAAUUAUAUAAAUAUUUGGUAAUUUGCAUAUUUAUAUUGUGAAUCAGAGCAUUUCAAAUUCAAAUAUUAUAACAAGAGUAAUGAGAACAAACCAAGCUGCAUGUAUGGCAACAAAACAAAUUUGAAUUUUUUGAAUGAAAUGUGAAUGAUUUUAAUUUGUUGCACUUUUAUGGCUUUAAUUAUUGAACCAAUAAAUUAAUUAUUUUGAUAGACUUAAAACUAUUAGACAUGCAGUUCGGUGGGCACACUGAAAUCGAAACCCCUUGGGUGUGUGCCGCAGCAUCAUGUCUGCACAUUAGCGAUAUGUAUGCCAGCACGGCACUUGCUAGAAUCAUGCUCGCGCUUAGUGUCUAGAGGCUAAAAAAUAUGAGUAAUAACACCAUAACUUUACAAUGUAAAAUGUUGAAUGUAUAAUAACUAAAUGUUAUGAAUAAUUAUUAACUAAUUUCGGAAAACUAAUAUAAAUAAGGUUAAAAUGUCUAUUUAAAGAUUGUAUCCUUGAUACGGAAUCCACACUUCCUGUUUCUGGUGGUUAACCUUGGCAGUAUUUAUUGUUAACAAAGGAUUCGAAAAUGAAAGGGCUGAACUGGUCACAAGGGCGAAGCGAAUACUGUACUUUCUAUGAAAAAGGAAGUAUCAAGUUGACGGUAAGUCACAUCGCGAGGUCGGUCAAUGCACUUAGAAAACAAUAAAAUAUAUGAUUACAAAUCGGCGCGAUAAUCUAUCUUAAAAAGUCUACUAUUAAAUAUAUUUUCCAUUGAAAAAUUAUAAAAUAUACCAAGUGACACACCGCAGGCAAAUAGUUAACGGAUCGCUGUGGACGGGAGACUGCGAGGCUGAGGACGGCUAAGUUCAGCAACGUCAUACCACGGAAGAAUCUAGCUAUGUCCUAUAAAAAAAAAUAUUUAACUUAAGAAAGGUGAAUAAUAUAGGUCCAUGUAAAAGAAGACAUUUUGCUGCCAUUACAUUGCGCAUCCAAAAUAAAAAUAACCAUUAUGAGUGCCAACCUUCGCAAGGAGAUUGCAAUUUGCAAUUGCUAUUAGAAGUUUCCGCAGCACGCAUGCCGAAGUCCUUUGUUCUUUUCGGAACGUCUUUAAGGAAUUCUGAGGAAACUACCGCGUAAAUUCUUAACCUUAUCUUAGAAUUAUUCCGCUUACCACAACAGCACCUAUAUGCAUUAAUAAUGCAUUUUGGUUGUUCGAACAGGAAGCUACAAAAAUCAUAAGAUAAGCAUAUAAGCAGUCGUUUUAGCACAUACCAUUACUAAUUUAUUUAUUAGUUUCACAUACUAUCGUCAGCCUUAAAAAAAAAUACAGGUGCUGAUCUCAAAGUAAAAAUGCGAGUAGUAUAAAAACCAUAUAAUAUAUUAAUAGAAUUACAAUUCAAAGUUAAAAGAAAACGACACUCGCGGCCGCCCACCACGCGUUUGGUUCAUGACAACGGGGAGGUUGUGCGCUAAGCCGCCGGUCGGCGAGCGGUGUACGGUAACAAGUGUUUAAUAAAUUACCUUAACGCGAACGUGACUAGACUCGUACGACAAACCGACUUCGUGUAGGAAGUUACAAAAGUGGUGAUAUGUACACUACUAUAUAAAAAUAAUGCUCUCACUGGAGUUACAUCAAUGAUUACAUUUAGUACUCAAUUCAAACCUGUUUCACUAUAGACUUUGCCCCUCUGCAGUCCCGAACCGACUGGAGCACGGAUAAAGGAGGCGCCGGCCUAAGGUCGACGAAUAGUGCUAAUGUAAGCUCAUGACGCGAGUACGACACACGGUACAAAUAUAUAACAAUUACACUUACUGUAUAUAUCGGGCUUGCUUAUUCUACGGAAUGUACGUCAAUCACCUAAAUUUUAUAUCUUGCUAUAGUCAAAAUUCAUUAUUAUGGAAAACAUCACAUUCAAACAUUUUUUAAAUUCAAAUAGACCACGUGGAUUUUAACACCACAUGCAU